UCGAUAUGCAAGAUCUACUCCAUCCCCGCCUCGGAGCUCUUUUACAAGUACGAAGCCCAUCUCCUCUCCCUCCCCACCUCGCACCCUUCGCAUCCCUCAUCGACCUCGUCACACAAGAAUACCUCGGGGAUGGUGGAUAUGGAGGUAGCUAGAGAGUUGAGAAAGGUGGUCAUGAGGGAACAACAAUUGGGCAGGACGGGAAUGCAUGGGGUAGGAGUGGGAGGGCUGGGAGCAUAUGGUCAUGCGGGCGUGAAUGGGAUGGCAGGGACGCCAGGGAGUAAAGCGGGAGUGAGAAGGACGGGAGCUGGAGAUAUUGGAGGGUUCCUGGACACGUUGACCACCCCUUCCCGCCCAUCCGCCUCUACCUCCAGCUCUACCCCACAAUCGACCUCUGCUCGUCCCCCUCCUGCUACACCACAGUUCACACCGACACCCACCCAGAACAGGACGGCUUACCCCUCCAGACCGCCAGCCGGGUCGAGUUCGACGUCGGGGUCGGCGUUCGUCACCCCGUCCAGACCGAUGGCCAACGGGUCGGGGUCGAUGACGGACGGGGCGAGCUCGGGGAUGAAGCCAAACGUCCCCUUUGCCCACCGCCCUUCCCCAUCAGAGAGGCUAGAGACGCUGAACCCCGAACUGGACCCGGCGAGCGGAAUUCCCUUGGAUUUCUCGAGCCACAAGGGGAGGGUAAAGAUGAGCGGGACGAGGAGGAUCGAGGAUUACGAUUAUCGAUACAUGUUUGAAAAGAUGACGGAUCGGAGUGCAGCGCUCGACGAGGUGAUUGAAGACUAUGCGGAUACUUUCCGGCUGGACUAUCGGAUAGACGAGCUGGGGGACCCAAGCGUCAUCUCCGAGGAACCCGUCCACGUCGUCGGGCGUCUCAUCUCGACCCCGACGGAUUCGGGCAAACCCACAGCCAACUCGUUGCAGAUCGAAUCCUCUCGAUCCAUCGGAGCGGGAAAGAGGACGCCGUUGGUUUUCAGCAACGACGUAAAAGUCCGCGGGGGUACGCCAGGGGUGAAAGGGUUCGGGGUGUUUCAGGGUGGGAUCGUCGCGCUCAGAGGGAAAAACGGAGGCGGAGGCGCGUUUGUCGUGGACGAGGUGUUGAUGCCCCAUCCGAGCGAACUGGCGGUCACGCAGCCUUCCCAGCUGGCACAGUUUCAACAUACGCAGUUGCAAGGCCAACCGCUCUCCAUCGUCAUCGCGGCUGGCCCGUUCACGCUGGAUACCGACCUCGACUAUGAACCGCUGGACGCAUUGAUGGAGGUCGUCAGGAACGAUCGACCGGACGCCUUGAUCCUGUUGGGACCCUUUGUCGAUUCGGCACACCCAAAGAUCAAGGCGGGCGACGUGGACAAGCGACUGAUCGAGAUCUUCCGCGAACAAGUUGGGGAUCGGAUAUCGUCUUUCUCGGAAUCAUGUCCGGGGACUCAGAUCAUCAUGAUCCCGAGCGUACGUGACCUGAUCAGCCGGCACGUGGCCUUUCCGCAAGCCAACUUUGAAAAGGAACGAGCGGCCGAGUUGGGGCUGCCAAAGCGCGUCAGGUUCUUGCCCAACCCGUGCUCUUUCUUUAUCAACGAGGUCUUGUUCUCGAUGUCUACGGUCGACGUCCUGUUUCACCUUCGUAAAGAGGAAUACUUUAGACGUGCCGAAGAGGCAGAGCCUGAACCGGGUGCCGUGGCAUCCAAAGACGCCAUGGCCGAGCUUUGUCGGCACGUCUUGAAUCAGAGAAACUUUUACCCAAUCUUUCCUCCGCCGGCAGACCUCGCUGGCGAUGUCAACCUGGACGUAACGCACCAGGAACUGCUGCGCUUCGAACUGCGUGCGCCGGACGUGCUCAUCCUGCCGAGCAAGCUGAAACAUUUCGCCAAGGCGAGUAGAAUGCGAUGUGAUAUAUGCCAUCAUUCGCUGACGAUCGUCGACUCGGUCGUCACCGUCAACCCGUCCUACCUCGCCAAGGCCUCGUCGGCAGGAACGUUUUGCAAGAUGGCAAUACAUCCAGUAGCUAGGACCGAACUCGUGGCGGCUGCCGAGCGAGGGGACGAGGAGCAAGAGCAUCGCGUGUACGAGCGGGCGAGGGUAGAUUUGAUCAGGAUCUGA